CGCAGCCGCCGGGCUAGGCCCCGGGCGGCCCGCGGAGGGCUGGGCCUGGCCCCCGGCGCCGGUUCCCGGGCCGGCGGGCGGCAGCUCACCAUGUCUGGCAAGCACCAGCACUUCCAGGAACCCGAGGUCGGCUGCUGCGGGAAAUACUUCCUGUUUGGCUUCAACGUUGUCUUCUGGGUGCUGGGAGCCCUGUUCCUGGCCAUUGGCCUCUGGGCCUGGGGUGAGAAGGGCGUUCUCUCCAACAUCUCGGCGCUGACGGAUCUGGGAGGCCUUGACCCUGUGUGGCUGUUUGUAGUGGUUGGAGGCGUCAUGUCGGUGCUGGGCUUUGCUGGCUGCAUAGGGGCUCUCCGGGAGAACACUUUCCUGCUCAAGUUUUUCUCUGUGUUCCUCGGCCUCAUCUUCUUCCUGGAGCUGGCUGCAGGGAUCCUGGCCUUUGUCUUCAAGGACUGGAUUCGAGACCAGCUCAACCUCUUCAUCAACAACAACGUCAAGGCCUAUCGGGACGACAUUGACCUCCAGAACCUCAUUGACUUUGCUCAGGAAUACUGGUCUUGCUGCGGAGCCCGAGGGCCCAACGACUGGAACCUCAAUAUCUAUUUCAACUGCACUGACGUGAACCCGAGCCGGGAGCGCUGCGGGGUGCCCUUCUCUUGCUGCGUCAGGGACCCUGCGGAAGAUGUCCUCAACACCCAGUGCGGCUACGAUGUCCGGCUCAAACUGGAGCUGGAGCAGCAGGGCUCCAUCCAUACCAAAGGCUGCGUGGGCCAGUUCGAGAAGUGGCUGCAGGACAACCUGACUGUCGUGGCUGGGGUCUUUGUGGGCGUUGCCCUUCUCCAGAUCUUCGGUAUCUGCCUGGCGCAGAACCUCGUGAGUGACAUCAAGGCAGUGAAAGCCAGCUGGAUCAAACAUGAUGAUGGCUACAAACUACUCAAAUAAACAAAACCUUGAAAACCACUGGCUUCCACCCACCAUCUCAGAGGUUCUGUCAGCGCAGGUCUUCAGCAGAGCUCUCCACCUGGACGCACCCUGCCAGCGUGUUUUCCUGGCCCGGGUAGUGUAUACAUUUGAGCCAACCUUUAAAAUUUCGUAUAUUUUGCAUAAAAGUCCAGAUCCCCGGCUUCUCAAGAAGGCUGGCUGUCUGGCCGCAGCAACUCUUCAGUGACAGUGUCUCCUGGGACAUGCCUGUCCUGUGCCCUGAGGGCCCCUGGCCCAUUCUGCUCACCCAAGUGCCCUGCCCACCCCUAUAGGCUGGAGUUGGCCUCCCCCGCCCCUUGGGGUUACUCCCUGCCGACACCACGAGGCUCCUGUGGGCCACGCCUGGAGCGAGGCACGGGAUGUGAAGAAUGGGAGGCUAGACCUUGCCCUGAAGAGGCAGCCUGGGAGGGGCCUGGUCCUCCUGGGGACUGAGAGGGUGCCAGCGUGCCCAGGAGAGUGGCUGUGGAGUGGGCUGGAGAUCAGGAAGGCUUUGGGAAGGAAGUAGCUGGAACCCCAGGGCUUGGCACCCGUGGGGUUGGGAGGAGCCUGAUGUGGGCGCCAUCGGUGGUUGACUCCUGGACUCUUGCUUGGAACCAAGUUUAGCAUCUUCCUGGUGGCCUGCAGAGCUGCCUCGUGGCCACCAGAGGGCACGCCAGCACAGCAUUCCCUGGGCCUGGCUUCUUUCCUGCAGCAACCUCAUCCUGGUACGGCUGAGCGCCUGGUGUGUCCAUCCUGCUUACUAGUGCUUUGGGGUUUGGGGAAUUUGAAAACUUCUAAGGGAGCAAAUUGGCUCAGACUUGGAAAAUAUCACUGCUGCUCUCAGCUUUGCCUCUUAGCUGCAUGAAGGGGUGUGUAUGGAAUGACUCUGCUGCACCCCUCCCUGGGCUGUGCCUUGUGGAUGAAAGGAGGGGUCUGAACUAGUUCCCAGAUUUCCAACUCAGAUGACCUCGGGGCCAGGCAGGUUAUAGAAAUGAAUGAAGUAGGCCUCUGAGUUGUGAGGCCUUUGCAGUGCAACUUGGACUUUCUUGCUGUUGCUGGAGAUGGGACACAGAGAGACCUUGCUUUUGUGACAGGAGAAAUAUUUGCACAAUUGAGUUGAGAAUGGCAGUUGGCCUUGAGAGACGAUAGGGUGUGGUGGGGACUAUGGCAAAACAUAGAUCCCCAUCUGAAGUUGGUGGCUGUCAUUCAGUUGUAGCUAAUUGCUGUAAAGUGGGAAUGCAGGGCUAAUGGCAGAAGUCUAGAGAAACCAGAAAUCCAGAUUUUUGUGUGAAAUAUCCUGAUUUUUAAGUUGUUGGCAACUAAUUAAAAAAUUUUAAAAACCUUGCAAGCUGAACAAAAGGCUUGAGGGCCAGCUUGGGCCCCUGUGCUCCCAUAGAUCCCUUUGGGUCAGUCACUCCGGGGCCCUGGCUGCUCUGCCAUUCAGGGAUGCUGGGAGCUGCUGCUGGGGGGCAGGGUUGGGGGCACGCACCCACUGGCUCCCAGACACAGGCUGGAUGUCCCUGGGGUCCCUGAUAGGCGCCGGCCGUGGGCGGUGUAUAUGCGCUACAAUAAAUGCGGCUCACGAUGUUA